AUGCCAAGUUCCCGAAGUCAAGCAGAGGAAGCGGAAAGCUCGCCGUAUGGCAUUAUCUGCCACCACUCGGAGGUCCGGUUGCUAAUGGCGCUGGCAGUGCGUGGCCGCGUGGAACAACUAGAGAGCAGCUACACGGAGAUCUUGUCGCUACUUCGAAGCCAGAAGAACCCCAGCGACACCAUCGGGACGAUUGUUCCCAUGUCCAACUCGACGCCAUCCUAUACCGACUCACAGCUGUCGCAAAAUACGGGGCUGGUAUCGCCAUCCGGUUUCCAUUCAUGCCAGUCUGACACUACCGUCAGCAACUAUCUAUUCGAUAUCGCCCUAGAAGAGUGUGAGAAGUUGAUCAACGACUACCGGCGCAUGUCAUCAAACCACUUUCCCUAUGUCCUCAUCCCCGAGGCUUGCCCUGUGGCCUCACUGGUCGAGGAAAGACCGAUGCUUACCCAGGCCAUCCUCGUUAGCACCACAUGGCGGACCCCGGCACGGCAGUCUGCACUGAAGGACAAAUUCAUCAAGGACCUCACCGACCGGUACUUUCUCGGGUCUGAGCGUUCGCUGGAUCUCUUGCAAGCACUGAUUGUAUACUUCGGUUGGUGUCAAUGGCAUGCCUACCCGGUGGCUACCCAAGUCUACCGGCUGGCCUCGCUGGCUGUGACCCUGGCCGUGGAACUUGGCAUCAACCAGAAACCGAUGAAUGUCACUCAGCAUGAUAUGAUCAUGGGCUCUAGUGCUGCCCUCUCUCAGUCAAGCGAAACAAUGUCGUCAAAGUUCUGGGGCUACGAGGCUCGAAGAGCUUAUCUCGGGGCGUACACCAUCUCGACUUAUGGUCUAUUCAUGUUCAGAAAGCCUUGCAUGUUGAGUUAUACUCAAUAUCUCGAAGACUGUGCCGCGUCCCUGGCCGCAGACCCGCAACAUCCGUCGGACACCAUGCUCAUCCACAUGAUUCACUCUUUACGUGUCGCCGAAGAAACCACCUACACGUUCGAUCAUGGCUCCAAGGAGAAAGUUGGCGAGUUCAACGACGAGAAGAUCCAGCUUCUGGUCCGGGCACUGUCGAGACAGAUAGAGGAAUGGAAAAACGCCCUGCCUCCUGGUGUUUUUGGCAUUGUUCGUAUCCAACGCGCCUAUUAUAGCGUUGGGGCAUACAUGCGCGAGGUUGGACUGUAUGGCCUGCUUCAGGGUCAGGUGCCGUCUGCGACCCGCGUGUCAAUCAUCUACGACUGCUUCAAUUGCGCCAUGAAAUAUCUUUCGUCGGUUCUCGAGUCCUCCCUCGACGAGAUGGCCGACUGGACAACUUUGGACUGGCGGGCCUUGAACUUCCUUAUCUUGCUGUCUACCAAGUCAUCUAUCAUUCUCGACUCGGCGUACGUGAGCACUGAGGCCUCUCAACGGGCUGCCUGGCUGGGCAAGUGCCUCGACACACUGUGCCAACGGGCCCAAGAACUGCACCGUCUCAAGACUGAUGGGUGCAGCUAUUUUCAGAAGAUCUCGAAUGAAUGGGCCAACAUGAAGAUCUACCAUCAGAAUUGUCUCCAAAGAAGCCUAUCAUCCUCAACCGGAGCGAACAGUGCCCAACUGUCAACGCAAUUGCCGGCGCAGCAACAUCAAACUUCUAGUGUUCCCUAUCUCGACAACGGAUUCUGCGUGGACCCGUUCAAUGAGCUGUUCUGGGCUGGAUUCGCGGAUUCGGAGCAGGGCCUUAGUAAUGUUUUCCCGAUGUGA